CCCUUCAUCAUUCCCCCUUCACUUUUCUUCUUAACCCCUCUUCAAUGGCUGAAGAUUUCUCAAUAAAUAGCCAAUGUGAUUCAAAGAACACUGGUUCUCAAUCCAUUCCACUCGAAAUUUUCUUCCCCACUUAUAAUCGACAUUGUCGCUGCUCAAAUUCAUCACAGCCCUUGUCUUUACAAAUCCCAUUUUGGGGGAAGAACAAGAAAUUGAGAAAGAGGGUUUGUGCUUGAUUUCCAUUUGGGUUUUGUUUUUAUGUGUAAUUGGUUAUUGAAGAAUGAGAAACUUCCAUAAGCUGGACCUUAUUGCUCUGAGCGUUUGUAAUGCUUUUCUUCUGCCAUUAGUUCAAUGCUCAGCUCAUGAAGGGUUGCAGAAAGCUAGGAGUUACAGGAGCAUUCAAGACGGCCAUGAAAAGUUAAGCCAUCAAAAGAGAUUUGAUAUUCAACUCCAUGGAUUGCUCCUCUGGAUUUCAAUGGGGUUUCUAAUGCCUUUUGGGAUACUUACAAUUAGAAUGUCUGGUCGAAUGGCUCGUGGGUCGACUCAGUUAAAGGUCUUCUUCUACCUCCAUGUUGUUUUUCAGACGCUAUCCCUCCUCUUGGCCACAGCUGGAGCUGUAAUGUCCCUCAGAAAAUUUGAGAACUUAUUUAAUAAUAGCCAUCAAAGAAUAGGUUUAGCUCUUUACAUAGCCAUUUGGGCACAGGCUGUGAUUGGCAUUUUCAGGCCUCAAAGGGGAAAGAAAGAAAGAAAUGCAUGGUUUCUUACGCAUUGGAUUCUUGGAACAAUAAUUUCUAUAGUGGGAAUCAUCAAUAUCUAUACCGGCUUAAAUGCCUACCAUAAGAAAACUUCAAGAAGCAUAGGAUUAUGGACUGUCCUCUUCACUGCAGAGAUCUCUUUCAUUGGUUUCUUUUAUUUGUUUCAAGAUAAAUGGGAGUUUUUGCAGAAGCAAGGGGUUGUUUUAGGGGAAUCUGAAGCACUUUCACCUUCUGAUGAACAAGUAGAAACUCAAAGGCAAAACUCCAAGGAGUUGUUGCCUGAUCCUUGUACCAAACAAAAUGCACUCAGAAACUUGUUUGAUUAAAAUGGGUUUUUUUUUUCCUCCCCAUUUUUCUUACUAUCUACUUUGUUUAUAUGUUCUAUCUGACUGAAAUUUCAACUCUAUUUUUGAUGCCUGCACUUUGUGCAAGUGAACGAUGAUCCUCUGGGGAGGGUUAUGCUGAUGAGUGCAUGCAUCAAAAAGAACAUCUUCCAUUUUCUCAAAUUUACAUCAAUUUCCUAAUCCAAAGCUAAUUCCUAGUGGUUAAAGUUUGUGCCCCUAGAGAUAUCAUUUGGAUUGAAAGUUGUGUUAAAGAGUAUAUAUGUAAAAGCUUAUUUGUUUAAAGCUUGUGGAUUUGGUAAUUGUUUAAUAUUGUAUUAAAGAAGAUCUUGUUAUAAUCUUUCUUUAAUUCUCAGUGAUGAUGUGCUUUUGAGUAUCAUUUUUCUUCCUUUUUCUGAGUGGAAAAGGUAGUCAUUUAGAGGAUGGGGUACACAGUUUAUAACUUCAACUUGGUCUGUUGGGUGGUUUUUGGAAAUGGAAGAGGUUGGGAAUUCUGGUUUGAUCUUUAAAGCUUUGCUAAAGAAGUCAAUUUUUCUUCAAAGGGAGGAUCUCUUAACUACUCCCAUGUUGUAUAUUUAAGUAGACUUUUUAACUUGGU